AUGGAUAUUCGCCCAUAUAUUUUGCAUUUUGAUAAUGGGAUGUGGGUUCGUGAGAGAACAAUAGAAGUUUUUUUAAAAUCAGUGAACGCAUUGAUACAAAAGGGUGCAAAAGGCCAACCCAAUUAUCUAAUAAAGCUCAUUCAAGAAAAAUCUACUGCUGGUUUUCAUGGAGUUGCAGUAUUUGACCAGACUGAUGACUAUAAUAUUCCAUCAGUACCAUUUUCUGAUAUUCAAUCUUCAAAUUGUUGGAGGUUAGUUGUGGUAACCCUUACAACGAUUGCGGUUUCUCUUCCUGAAAUCGAAAAGGAGGAAGUUGAUUGCUUGUUGGAAUGUGUUAGGGAAGGUCUAUUAUAUGUUACAUUGGUGGAAAAGAACCUCAAUUUUAUCUAUGAUCUUCAACAAGCAGCUGAAACUUUGUGGCAAGAAACUAGCACCAAUAAAUGGUUAGGAAACAAGUUGCAAAACCCUGCUUUUCAAAAGUUUACAGCUGGACAGAUUGUUAAAUGGUUCAGGGAUAACGCUAAACAUUACUUGGAGGAUGCAUGCCGGAAUGAGGAUACAGAGCACAGGUUUAUUUGUGGCAACUCAAUGUAUAAUAUAACCGAAACAAUUCUGUAUACCUACAAGACCAACAUUGAUGAUGCCACGCUGAGCCAAAAGGAACUAUUUGAUAGCUUAUCAUCAAUGAUCACCGACAUAAUCGCAGCUUGUCUCACCAACUUACCACAAAUCAUAAUAAUGAAAUGUCACUACAUGUCUGCGAUAAAGGAAAGGCGGAUCAGUGUCAAAGAUGCAGCCCAGCUUCUAGGUGAGACUACAGAAAUAAUCAGACUCCUUCAAGAUCAUCGUAUUCCAAACAUGAAUCCAAGUGACAUGCCAUUUCUCAACAAAUGGCGUGCUUAUUUCAGGAAUCCUUCUUCUAGUGAUGAAGGGCAUGCAUCUUUACUACUCGAAGUCUCAAAGUCACCCAGGGCGGUCGACUAUGAUCCUCCAAGAAGUUGA